GGAAAAAACAACCGUGUUAAUUUUCCUGACCGCUCUUUGAAUUCCCUUGGAGGAAAGCACUCCAGUAACACAAAAAUGAAAGUAGAUCAUUAAAAAUAUGCAAGUUUGCUUUCCUGCCUAAUUAGUAAGUUACUUAACUUUCUUGGAUUAACACUAAUAACUUCAUCAGUACAGAAGCGUGACCCUUUAAACGUAUGUUCCUUUCCAGAUAUUGCUUCCUAAUUUUAGGGGUUUCAUGUUGCUGAAAGUAUCCAAACAAACAUGUGUGGAUAUUUUAUAGUCAGAAGUAUUUGACUAAGCUCCAGGAGUGGUGUUUCACACCCUACUUUGAGCAUCGCCGGAGCCAGCUGUCACCCUCGGUCCCUGCAGCAGCGCCAGAAUCGUUCUGGCAGGAUCACUGAAACUUCGCCUCCCACCAACCUGGCCGAAGGCAGGCAAAAUGGAUCGCCGUGAAAUCACCUUGGAGGCUGACAAAACCCACCAAAAUCGUCUCUCCGGUGUCACUGAGGAGGAAGAAGAGCAAGAUGCAGCUUACACGAUUGUGACAGUCCUGGACAAAGUGGCCAACAUUGUGGACAGUGUGCAGGCAAGCCAGAAAAGGAUAGAGGAGAGGCACAGGGAAAUGGAAAACACCAUCAAGACUAUACAGAUUGACAUUUUAAAGCUCGCCCAGGCUCAUGGCAAUACAGGCUACACAGUGAACAAGUUGCUGGAGAAAACCCGCAAAGUCAGCUCCACCGUGAAGGAGGUGCGGGCACGAGUGGAGAGGCAGAGCGCCAGCGUGAGGAAGGUGGAAGCGAAACAAGAGGAGAUGCUGAGAAAAAACAAAUUCCGGGUUGUAAUCUAUCAGGAGGAAACCGAGUGUCCUUCAUCUCUCUCUGUUAUCAAAGAGAAGACAGCAGGUGAAACUUUAGAGGAUGAUUUCUUCCCACCUGAUGAUCUGUCUUCUGAUGAAGAAUAUUACAUCGAAGAAAGCAAAGCAACCCAGUUCAAGAAAUCAGGCAUGAGGCGCAUAGAUGAUAUCAAAAAGGCAUUUUCAAGGGAAAAUAUCCAAAAGACGAGACAAAAUUUUGGCAAGAAGGUAAACAGGCUUCGAACUAGAAUAGUGACCCCUGAGAGGAGAGAGAGGAUCAGGCAGUCAGGAGAGAGACUGAAACAAUCUGGGAUAAGGAUCAAGAAAACCAUUUCACAAGCUGCCCCAACGGUGGAGACAUUCAAGAUCCAUAAAAAAAAUAAAGAACGAACAGGAGCUGAAGGUCAGGAGGGGAUCCAGGAAGCCGGUGUGCACAUCGCCUCAGAGCUCGCAGCAGCAGAGCCCUUCACUGAAGAAAUUUCUUAUACAGAAGUGAUCACUAAGGUAAAGAAAGAUAAGAAUAGUGCAACAAAAAGUGCUUCCCAGUCAACUGAAAAAGGAGUGACAAUCCCAGAAGUUGUUCUUAAGCAGGAAGGAAAAGAAGGAGGAGGAGGUGACGAUGUCCCUUUGCUGGACUUAAAGCAAUCGGUGUAAAGAAUCCAUUAGCAAACACACCAUUCUAUCAUUACUGAACAAGAGAUAACUCAGCUUUAGAAAAAUGUGUGAAUUUGUGUUAUACCACAAAACACGUGUUGGUGUUGUUCUGUCACUUACGUGGGUGUCUGUAGUGUUGUCUUCCUGACAAAAGCCAAGCCAUGUAAAGUGAAUGAAGUGGCUCCCCCGCUCCCCCGUCUUGCAGUAUGCCGAUAGCCAUUGUUAACCCAAAUGGAACUUGCAUGCCGAAGGGAGAUGGAAAUCUGAAUUUUCAGUGAUGUAGCAGUCACUUUACAGCCUGAUCACUCUCUUUACUUUUAUGUACAAUAGUAUAAAAAUUAUUUCUGUUAUCUUAUACUGACUCCUGUAAUCAGAAAACAGUAACAAAGCUAUUACUUCGUAUUAGCGAAAGGAAGAACUGUGGAAAGUGUCCAUUUAGCUAUACAAAUCUUAUCAUUUAAGGGCCCUCGCUGAAACAGCAGGAGGAGGAAACUCCUGCUUUAUGCAGGGUGUGACAGAAUGUGGUAGGAAUGAUAGGUUUUUGAGUAACUGUGUUUCUUCUUAGUGGAAAAGAGAAGCCCCUGAAAUGACUAAAGAUUAUUUCCAGAGAGAUGGAAGAGGAAGGUUUGAUGCACAUAAGCAAUGCAUUUGCUGCACUUAUGGAGUAAAAAUAAAAACCCAGAAGACACAUUAAAUAUGGAAUAGCAGGAGAAAAAAAGAAUGAGGUAUCGUAUUCAUGUUUUGGAAUGAUGAGAUUGUGAGAAAGGUAUGAAGCAGUAAAAGAGGAAUAAGAUUAAUGCAUGGGUUCUGGAUAAAUAAAGGAAAGAAUUAGAAUACUGUGACUGAAAUUUCCUUGAGAUCUUUUAAAGAAUUGUUACUUAUAGGGCUCGUGAACAUAACUGACCAGACAAAGGAAUCGUUUUGUUUUCCAUUCUCCGUGCUUGCUCUGAUGAUCACUGCGAUUAAAAUAUAUUCUACAAAGUCGCUGAAGUACAGGGCCAAUCCAUAACCCAAUUCUUUGUAUCCUAUUAUCAUCGUUAUCAACUAGCCACAGCCUCAGGGAUUAUGAGACAGACACCCUCUAGAGUAUGGAAUGCUGUUUAUUUGCAACACUUGGGAGCCAGCGCCCUGACAUCAGAUAUGUUUGUAAACAUGACCGCCACGCUGACAUGGGGUGCAGGACUGCAUUGCUGUCUUCAUUUUUAAACGGAGUUGCCUUCAAAGCACUUACCUAAAGCAACGUUAGUCAUUACUAUCUGUGUGAAACCUGUACAACAUUGCUAAAAGCUGUAUGAUUGUAUUUAAUAUCUCAGAUAUUGGUUAUCUAUAUACAUUGUUUGAGGACUCCCAGCUAAUUGUUAAUAAUUUAAAUAUAAUUAGUUUGACUUCAAAUAUUCUGCUUGCCAGUUCUUUCAUUUAGUCUGGUGUACAUCACAUUUGAAGCGAAACAGCUUUAGCAAUAGCAACUAGGGAACACUGGUUGGGGAAGGUCAAUGCUAUACUCUGUCAGUGACAUUUCAAAUCAAAUUAAGGUUGUCAGGUUGGAAGCAGCAACUCCACUGCAAGGGCAGGACAGGGCAAGAGAGAGAGACAGGGAGAGGAAGACAUUUCUUUCAACAGUAAAUUGUACAUCUCCACUGUAAUUAGAUGCAAAAAGAAAGAAAGGUUAUGCUUAUAGGAUAGACUGAAGGUUUUGAUUUGUUGGUUCCUUACUAGUUGUAGGAAGUCUUUCCUGGAACCAGGUGAUUGUAUAUUCAUCUUCCAGUUCCAUAUAAAACUGUAGCUAUCUUCAGUGAAA